UUGACUUGUGCAUACAAAACUUUUCAGUAAAACAAAUUAGAGAAUAUAUCUAUAAUACAUGAAUAAAACUCAUCUCAGAUGAAGAACGUAAACACAAUGUGACUGAUCAUUCUGGACCCAAGCAUUUAAAUGUAAUAUGCAAAAAGCAUGCAUAAAUAGUUGUGACCAGGAGUAAAUAUUUACUAAAAAAAUUAACUGUGCUGAUAUUCUCAUUGUCUGCAACAUGUGACUUGUGAGAGUUUGAGGAACUGACAUUCAGCCCUUUUAUAGCAGUUUGAAGAUUGAAAUGUUAUCGUGGUUCAUCCAUUAGACUCAGUAUCUACAGUUCUAAGACACUGAAAGCAUUAGGAGAUUUUUAGUAGAUUUAUGACACAUUUCUGCUGUGGCUUUUUGGAUCUGUGGAGUGUUUUUAUCUCCUACUGGUGAAAAAUGUUUCACACAUUCAUUUUCCUCUGUUUGUGGCAUCUGAUUGAUGGAGUAAAGAUAGUGUCAGUGACAGAGGGAGAUUCUGUCACUCUACACACUGAUGUUGUUGAUACUGAGAUGCCAAGAAGUUUUUUAUAUCAAAUAGAAUGGAGGUGGUUACAACCUGAACAUACUCGCAUAGCUACAGUCUUUUGGCGUAAUAGUGUUACGUAUCAUAUUACAUAUUAUGAUGAGAGAUUCAGAGGCAGAGUACAGGUAGACAGUCAGACUGGAUCUCUGACCAUCAGAAACAUCAGAAGCACAGACUCUGGACUUUAUCGAAUGCAGAGUCCAUUCACAAGAGAAUCAUUCACUGUUACUGUAUAUGCUCGUCUUCCCAUUCCUGUCAUCACCAGAUCAUCACAGCAGAAAUGUUCACUGCUGUGUUCAGUGUUGAAUGUGAGUGAUGUGACUCUCUCCUGGUACAAAGGAAACAGUUUAUUGUCCAGCAUCAGUGUGUCUGAUCUCAACAUCAGUCUCUCUCUACCUCUGGAGGUGGAAUAUCAGGAUAAAAACACUUACAGUUGUGUGCUCAACAAUCCCAUCAGCAACCGGACGCAACAUCUGAACAUCAGUGAAUUCUGUCAGACAUGUGCAGCUCGUCUUCCCAUUCCUGUCAUCACCAGACACUCUACAUGUUCUUCAUCAUCAGGAUCAUCACAGCAGAAAUGUUCACUGCUGUGUUCAGUGUUGAAUGUGAGUGAUGUGACUCUCUCCUGGUACAAAGGAAACAGUUUAUUGUCCAGCAUCAGUGUGUCUGAUCUCAACAACAGUCUCUCUCUACCUCUGGAGGUGGAAUAUCAGGAUAAAAACACUUACAGUUGUGUGAUCAACAAUCCCAUCAGCAACCAGACGCAACAUCUAAACAUCAGUGAAGUCUGUCAGACAUGUGCAGACUCUGUUCACUGUUGCGGUUUCACUGAAGCUGUGAUUCGAUUGGUCAUCUCUGCUGUGGUGGGCGUGGCUACUGUUAUCAUAGUGGUUUAUGACAUCAGAUCCAGAAGAGCUGAACACAAGCGGAAAACAUCACAGUCAGUCCCUGAAUACUGAUCACUAGGAUUACCCUCUUUCCCUCACAUAAAUCUGGAAGUAUCAGGGAUUUUGUUUUUUGUUUUUUUACAAUUUCUUAUUUAUUUUUUAGACAAUAAUCAAAAGAUUCUUGAAAUCUAAAGUGACGUUUAACAUUACAGAUUCUUCUUUGUUGAAUCUGCUUGUUGUUUAGUCAGGACCAAACUGUCAGUUUGAACUGAUCAUCAGGAACUGAUUCCCAGUAGAUUGUUGAAGGGUUUCCUGAGAUCAUUUCAUGCACUCAAAUGCUGACAUAUUAACUAUCUGUAUAGAAUCUGUAUCUGUGUGAUGAUGAAAAACAGGGACAUUUGGAAUACCCCCCUGAUUAAUCAUUUUGUGGCAAACAAAAUUUAAAUUGACAAAGGUUUGCUACAUUUUGAUUGGAUCUUGGAGUAAUGGCAUAAGCAAACUGUCCAACGCCAUCAGUGAGAAAGUGAGAAAUUCUGCGGUAAAAUUUUAGUGACACUUUCCUAGCUUUUUUGGACUAUGCAAAUAAAUUCCACAGGAGGAAAGAAGGGUGGGCAACCACAUGCUCCCCCACUCUAAUGGAACCAGCGAAUCACAGCACAGAAAUGGAGAAGCGCCAAAUUGCAAUGUACUCCUCAUCAGAAAGGGAUAAAGGAGUCUCAGUCCGGUAAGGGAAGAGACAGAAACAGAUCACCUCCGUACUGAGUCUGCUACCUGUGAAGAAAAGACACAAACAGGACAAUCUCUGUUCUGAGUCUCCGGCCUGCAAAGGUGAGACAAUAGCAGAAACACCAGUUCUGAAUUUGCUGGCCAUCAAGGAAAGGACUGUAACAGAACAACAACGUUCUGAGUCUGAGUUUUGUAAAAGAAGGGACACUAACAGAUCAACCAGUUCUGAGUCAGCGACCCACAAGGGUGAGACAACAACAGAUACCAAGUCCGAGUCACCAUCUUUUGAGGCAGCAACAGAUAUGACCAUGUUCUGAGCCUCCAGCCUGCAAGGAAAGAGAGACUCUAUGUUCAGAGUCUUCGUCCAGCGAGACAACAGAUGCAGCACGAGUCUCCAUCCUAGAGAGACAAAGCGGACUGACCAAGUUCUGAGUCUCUAGCCCAGAGAGGCAGAAGACACAGACAUUUGCAACAAGGUUAAGCUCCGGCGAGCAAACCUACACUUCGGGUACUUUUGCUUGCGUGUUCCAAGCUAAGGACCUUCAGCACCUACUCCAGGGCCACAUCUACGUGUUCCAGAUCUUAAGACCCUUUGGUGCUCCAGGAGAUCAGCAUCCUACAGCGCUUCAUCUUCAA